AUGCCCUUUAACUGCAGUCGCGAUUGUGUGGGUAUUCGAUACCGCAUCAACUCGCUGCACCAAACCUGGAAGUGGCUGCAUCAGACCAUCGCCCUGCACGAGUACCUGAUUUCGAUCAGCGCAGCUGACACGAAUAGCAGCAGCAACAGCCGAAAGUCGCACCAUCCGACGGCACAGCAGGGUAUCAUCGUUGAACGAGAGGCAAGCGGCAUCAAUUCUCUCGUGGGUGUUGCUUGCUAA